AUGAAGGAGGAAUUGCAGCAAUUUGAGAAGAAUCAGGUCUGGUCAUUGGUGCCUUAUCCAAAUGGAAAGAAAGUCACUGUUUAUGUUGAUGAUAUUAUAUUUGGUUCGACUAAUGAGGAUUUGUGUGUAGAUUUUGCUAAGCUUAUGACUAAUGAAUUUGAUAUGAGCAUGAUGGGAGAGCUCAAUUUCUUUUUAGGCUUGCAAAUCAAGCAAACUGCAGAAGGCAUCUUCAUCCAUCAAGAAAAAUAUGCAAAAGAACUUGUCAAGAAAUUUGGGCUGGACUGUGCUAAGCCAAUGGGAACUCCCAUGCAUCCUAAUAUCAAGCUUGAUAAGGAUGAACAUGGUAGAGAUGUUGAUGAGACCCGCUAUAGGGGGAUGAUUGGAUCCUUAAUGUAUCUAACCUCCUCAAGGCCUGAUAUCAUCCAAAGUGUUGGAGUUUUCUCAAGGUUUCAAUCAAAGCCUAAGGAGUCCCAUCUUUUGGCUGUCAAGAGGAUCAUCCGAUAUGUACUUGAUACCACUGAUUAUGGGUUAUGGUUUCCUAAGACUGAUUCUUUUCAAUUAGUGGGUUUCUGUGAUUCAGAUUUUGUUGGGGACAGGAUAGAUAGAAGUAGCACAAGUGGCAUGUGCUGCUUUCUUGGGAAAUCUUUCAUUGUUUGGUCUAGCAAGAAGCAAGCUACGGUGGCACUUUCAACAGCCGAAGCUGAUUAUAUUGCAGCCUCCUCUUGUUGA